AUGAUGCUAAGAGUAUCCCGUUUCACGCAAGUGAGGGACGGGAUUCGAAGUUCUCUCCUACGUCAACGAUCGAAGAUUAGAGACGCCGCCGCAUUUGCCAAGGAAAGUAAAAUAAGGUGGGCCGGACACGGGAUGCGCUUUAAUGACAACCGUUGGACCAGAGCCGUGAGCGACUGGGUUCCCGGCGAUAUUAGGCGCACUACAGGAAGACCGCCGACCCGAUGGUCAGAUUUCUUCACGAAGUCCUUCAAAGAAAAAUAUGAUGCUCUUCGUGUCCCACGCGAAAGGAGUAACCACUGGGCUACUCUGGCAUACGAUCGGGACAAAUGGAAGAAUUACUGGCGCCCGCUCGACCAGUUCGAAGAUCAGCGGGAGUCAAUGUGA